ACCCCUUACUUCCUCCUAUGGUGAGUUUUAUAGAGCUCGCUUUAGAUCCUUAUAAGUAAACGUCCGGUUUUUGCUCUGCACUGAGCCAUGAGCUUACUCGCCAAGCUCUGGGACGACACAGUCGCCGGACCUCCGCCGGAGAAAGGACUUGGAAAGCUGCGAAAACAAUCUAACCUUAGUUUCCGAUCAUUAAAUUCAGACAAGGAAUCGGAAACGGUUGGGAAUACUGCAGUAGAGUAUCCUUCGAUGAAAGUAACACGGAGUAUUAUGAUUGUAAAACCUGAGAGAAGCCUGGGCGAAACGCCGCCGGCAUCUCCGGCCGCAUCUACACCUCCGGUAUCUCCUUUUGCCGAAGGCGGCUCAGACUCAUUUAGGUUUCGUCGGAAGUCAGCAUCAGACAAUUUCGAGAAGGCAAGUGGAAUUGGAAGUAGGAACCCUCGUCCUCCUUACGAGCAGUGAGAUUUGAUAUGAAUCUUAUCAGUGGUUGGGAUAUCAAGUCGGUCGAGUUUCCUAUACUUGACUUGUUUAUGCGUCUAUAUGCUCUACUAGUGUGUUUAUUUGCUUUCUAGUCUAUGUAUAAUAUGUAUGUUGUAGUUGUCGCUAAAUGGUGUCUCGUUAAGUUUCAGUCUGUCUCUUAAGCGUUUGCAAGCUUGUAACGUGGUUCGUUUAUCUGUCACUCUACCCUUUGCGAGUACUUGGACGUUUCUUGUUAUUAUCCAAGUUUCAUUUGCUUUUAUACUGUGGACCAAGUCUUGCGCAGAACAACAUGUUGGAUAACAUAUCAUAUAAGUAAAUAUUUAUGACCG